AAUAAUGCAUGGCAACCCGGGUUGGCAAAUAGAUAACUUGCAUGUAAGCAUCCAGCCAUGCAGCAUCCAGCCAGUCAUGUGCCAGCGUGCCCAUGUGCAUAUGGCUGUCGUGAGCGACUGGGUUGGUCAUCAUCUGCGACAUUUAACCUGAACCUUUACUUCCAUAAUUGUCAAAGACGCGUCCAGCCUCGAACAUGAACAACAACGAAGACAGUGAAGGGACUUCAAGCAGCCCCACCUCCAUACCCCACCACCUUUCCGCCCCCUCUCCACCAUUUUCUACACCUUCUCCUCCCAGCUUUUCUGCACCAUCACCUCAGGACGAUGGCAAUGUUGACCUUUUUGCGCCUCCUCUCGUGCUUUCCCCUACGUCUGGCGGCGACGCGUCCAAGCCCGCUAACGGUUCAGGCACGGAUCCCGGAUCGACCAAUGAAAAAUCUCCUCUUAAAAGGACCCCCAAAGACUUCGCCAGUCAAGUAUGGCUGGCUCCCAGGCAUACGCGCCUUGAACAAGACCCCGUCCCCAAUGAGGAAAGCACGCGCACUCAAAUUCAAGACUCGCGCCUCCCCCCAAGCGAACAAGGAUGCUCAGUUUUCUGCAACGCCUAACCCCUUCCUGGAAACAAGCGACGAGGACGGCUGGAGAAUGACUCUGAAGUCUUUGAAGCAUCGCUCCAAAACCUUAAGCACAACCGAGCUCAACAUGAUGGCACAUGUCUACCUUACCGUGGCCAAACUCGCGCCGCCCGAGGUUCAAUUGUGGUUCAGGUCCUUGCCGGGCGCAAGCGACAGUUAUCAACUGAAAGAUCUGACGGGUGUAGGUGAAAACUCCUGUCAAGCCGCAUUGAGAAUCUCCAAGGGCGAGGAUAUAAAAGGAGGAGUUAGAACUGGGCGGCCUAUGAAGGAGCAGGGUCCAGAGUACGCAGCUCAACUAGGCAAAGCUGUCGAAGGGCUUAACAAAAGAGGCCUUCCAAGCACAAGUGGUCGAAUAAAUGCCGCCAUGAAUGAACUCGAAGACCACAAAUACUAGUUGAGUACUACGCAAAGGGACCUCAAAAGCAUAGGCAUGUACUGGGGCAAAGGAGUCAGACAGAACAUAUUGCAUGAUGCCCCUCAGAAUGUAACGUUGCGGCUCAAGUACACUACCGAAAAUAAUGAGUAAAUGAUUUUCACUUUUGUAGCACAUUUGUCAGUUGUUUCC